AUGUCUUCAGGAACCAAGAACCAGUCUUCUGAUCUGGAGGCAGGCCAUCAAGGCUUGGAUACCCAGACCAGUCUGUUCUUUGUAACGAAUGUGCACUGCACAUCAUGUGUUGCAUAUAUCACCGAAGUGCUCUCCGAGACACCUUCAGUCGGAAAUAUCGAAGUCACAAUUUUGACCCACGAAGUGCGUGCGAGCCAUAGCACCACCGUUCGGCCGGCCGACCUCGUCAACGCGCUGAUUCAUGCCGCAUUCGAAGUACAUUAUGUAACGACAUAUGAUCAACGAGGAAAGCUCAUCGCGGAACUCGAUACCUCUUCCUGGAACUACCGCGGCUCCACGUUCUUCUCCUCGCCGCGAACCUCUGUUUCUAGUAUCUCAUCCAAUAUCAAAGAGCGAAUUCAAUCCAACAGUCAUAAACGACAUAUUGCCAACUGCGAUGCAUGCAGGAAGGAAGAAAUAGAGGCCCUUUCUCGUCAUUCUUCUUCUCGAACGGAGCUGGGACUUUUGGAUGAGAAGUCCUCACAGGCUCCCUUCCGGUCAUUGAACAAGCACCACGAGAAAGACAUCACUGUUACAAAUCUUGAGUCAACACCAGAGAAUGCUGUGCAGGAGAGUCUCCGUUCAUUCGCCACCUCUGAAACAAAGGUUCAACCCGAUGUGUCUGCUCCAAAAACACCCACAGGCAUAGCAGAACUUCCCAGUCCAUCCGCUGAACCAGCCGAUGAGUCCACCGCACAUAUUAGCAUUGGAGGAAUGAGCUGCGCGUCCUGCGCCAAUAGCAUCACCGCACAAGUCAAACAGCUUGAGUUCGUGAAGGAAAUCACUGUCAACCUUCUCACCAACAGCGCAACAGUAACUUAUGCUGGACCUCGCGACAAUGCCGACGAGAUUGUUGAGCAAAUCAAUGAUGCUGGAUUUGAAGCAUCUCUUGACGAGGUGAACCAGAUCCCCAAAUCGCCGGCAUCUACAGAGUUGGCAGCGAACUAUGUCAGCGAGAUUGCAAUCACCGGCAUGACCUGUGGCUCCUGUGUUGGAGGGGUGACUCGAGGACUUCAAGAACUUCCUUUCAUUCGCGAUGUGUCUGUGAAUCUGCUUUCCCAUAGCGGGAGGGUGGAAUUCGAAGGCCGAGACAAUCUUGAUAAAAUCAUAGAGAAGAUUGAAGAUCUUGGAUACGAUGCCGCCGUCAAUAGUGUCUCCCCAUUGAAAGUUGGCACCGAAAAGCUCAGCACUGCCCAGAUCAGAACAAUCUCUAUACAAGUGGAUGGAAUGUUCUGCCACCAUUGCCCACAAACUGUUUUGGGGGCAGUGAAAUCGGUUCCCGGUGUCACCAUCGAGGAGGCACUCUCCGAGAAAACCCCCAUCCUCAAAGUCACCUAUACUCCACAGCCACCUUCGCUCACUGUUCGCACAAUAAUUUCAGCGAUUAGCUCGACGAAUGACAAUUUUCGCGCGACUGUCUACCACCCUCCCAGCAUUGAAGAUCGGUCUCGUGCGAUCCAGCAUCAUGAGAGGAGUCGGCUGUUGGCACGAUUGCUUUUCGUCUUUGUCAGUGCCAUCCCGACUUUCUUGAUAGGCAUUGUAUUCAUGUCUCUUGUCUCAUCUGAAAACUCUGUUCGAAUGUAUCUGGAGCAACCUAUGUGGUCUGGCAGUGUGACCCGUAUCGAAUGGGCGCUGUUUAUAAUGACAACCCCGGUCAUGUUCUACGGUACGGAUGUGUUCCAUGUCCGGGCACUGAAGGAAGUUUAUGCGCUAUGGCGGCCUGGAAGUCGGGUGCCGAUCCUUCGGAGAUUCUACCGUUUUGGUAGUAUGAACCUUUUGAUCUCUGCAGGCACAUCAGUGGCAUACAUCUCGUCCUUAGCGGUACUUAUCGCCGAUGCAGUUGUGGGUACCAAGUCCAGCCCCCAUAGCACGACCUAUUUCGACUCGGUUGUCUUCUUGACUCUGUUCAUUCUUGCUGGUCGAUUCCUCGAAGCCUACAGCAAAGCCAGAACUGGCGAUGCUGUCACAUCUUUGGGCAAACUUCGACCUUCAGAGGCACUGUUGUCUGAUGACACUUCCGAAGAUGGAGUGAAGCGUACGAGUGUUGACCUCCUGGAGGUUGAUGACGUCGUCAGUAUUCCCCACGGAGCCUCGCCUCCUGCAGAUGGAGUCAUUGUCGACAGCGCGUCGUACCAAUUCGAUGAAAGCUCCUUGACAGGAGAAUCCCGACCGGUCAAGAAAACAGCCGGCGAUAUAGUCUAUACGGGCUCAGUUAACGUCGGCCAGCCGGUACGGAUCCGUAUCACUGAGCUCGGUGGUUCAUCUAUGCUUGACCGAAUCAUCGCCGUGGUUCGUGAGGGGCAGAGCAAGCGUGCGCCCCUUGAAAGAGUUGCGGAUCUUCUCACUUCGCAUUUCGUCCCUAUUAUCACUCUGAUCGCCAUUUCAACUUUCGUUAUUUGGUUGGCACUUGGUCAUUCCGGUGUGCUUCCUGCAGAUUACCUCGAUGUCGCACAUGGUGGCUGGACAUUUUGGGCUCUGGAAUUUGCAAUCUCAGUGUUUGUGGUGGCCUGCCCCUGUGGCCUGGCCCUUGCAGCCCCUACGGCGCUUUUCGUCGGGGGCGGCCUAGCAGCGAAGCAUGGUAUCCUGGUCAAAGGUGGUGGCGAAGCCUUCCAAGAAGCCAGUCGCUUGAAUGCAAUUGUCUUUGAUAAGACAGGCACAUUGACUGAGGGUGGAAGUCUGAAAGUUUCGGAUCAUGAAGUAUUGACCAGCGACCCAGAAGUUGCGAAAGUCGCAUGGGCUCUGGCUCGGAAAAUGGAAGAGAGCAGCAACCAUCCGAUUGCCCAGGCUAUCACUGAAUUCUGCAAAACACAACAAUCUUCCUCUGUCAAGUCAUCAGAUGUUCAUGAGAUUUCUGGGCAAGGCAUGAAAGGAACAUUUACUGUGUCCGGCUCCGAGCACGAAGGGCAGUAUGAAGCUGCAAUUGGCAAUGAACGUCUUCUCAAGAGUCUCCUGUCUCCUGAAACAGACACAUACUUCAUAUCCAACCUGCUAGCGAAAUACCAGUCAGCAGGCAAGUCGACUGCAGUUCUCUCACUCCGUCAAGUACACCCCUCCACCGAGCCAUCCAGCUUCGUACCUGCCAUUAUCUUCGCCACCUCAGACACGAUUCGCCCGGAAGCUGUCGAGAUAAUCUCCCAGCUUCAGAAGCGUCACGUCGACGUCUUCAUGUGUACUGGCGAUAACCAGACCACCGCCCAUGCCGUCGCAGAUAUGAUAGGCAUCCCGCGUUCCAAGGUGAUGGCCAACGUCCUGCCAGCAGAGAAAGCCAGCUUUGUUCGUCAGAUUCAAGACCGUUCCCCGACUUCAACACCAGCCGAUGGCAAGACCACUAUUGUCGCCUUCGUCGGCGAUGGAGUGAACGACUCGCCCGCUUUGGCAGCAGCAGACGUGAGCAUCGCCAUGGCAUCUGGUUCCGACGUCGCUAUCAACUCUGCCAGCUUUAUCCUCCUCAACUCAGAUCUCAGCACAAUCUUGCAGCUAGUCCUGCUUAGUCGCCGCGUGUUCAAUCGCGUCCGUAUGAACUUCGGCUGGGCGGUUAUCUACAAUCUCUGUCUGGUUCCGGUUGCUGCUGGUGUCCUCUAUCCUAUUGUUAGUGGCCAUCAUGAGAAAACUGUUGAUGGUGACAUGGUCAUGGCCAGUGAGCACUGGAGACUGAGUCCGGUAUGGGCUGCUCUGGCCAUGGCAUUGAGCAGUAUUUCUGUUGUGCUGAGUAGCUUGGCUUUGAGGAUUGACAAAGAACGUAUAAUGAAGAUUGUGAGAAGGAAGAAGUAG